GGUAGCAUGUGUUAUCUUGGAGGUCUCCCAUUCACAAUAACGACAAGAUUUGCCAUUCCUUGCAGAUGAGUAUAUCCUAGGUUCAAAUGGGCGGACCCAAGUCGUUAUUGGGAUUGACCUUGAAUACCGGGAGAAGGGAAAAGAAGCUAGCGUCACUGUGUAGCGACCAAGAUAUAUUGAGGAAGAUGGGGAAGCCGUACUUGAAGCAGCUGAGACGCAAUAGGUAUCUUUCGGGCGGUGGAUGGUAGUUUGGUC